AUGGCUUUUGCUCGAAACGAUAAUGUUUUGAGCCCUUACAGAAAGUUUCUAGUCGAACUGUCAUCGUAUCUUUCGGGAAAUGAUUUGGAGACCUUAAAGUUUGCUGUUCUAGAUUUAAUUCCACGCGGGAAAACGGAGGACGUAAGCAGUGGUUUAAAGUUAUUUGAUAUUUUGGAACAAGAUUCUAGAAUAACGCCGGGAAAUCUGUCUCUCUUGGACGAAUUGUUCGAAACAAUCGGCAGGAUGGAUCUCGCGUGGAAAGUACAGUGUUUUACUAAAUCUUCUGUGGGUGAUUACACAAAUGGUAAGCCGAAUUUCGAUGAAAUAGACGCUGUUUGGUUCACAAAUAUUGAAAUACUUCGAUAAGCUGCUUAUACCGUAAACUGCCGCUAAUGAGCCGUGGGUCUAUACACAGUGUAUACAUAUUUGAAAGAGGUUUUAUGAGGGUUUGUAACCGGAAUAGAAAAAGCGUUUCAAAACCAAGCUAUAGCAGUGCUCAGCACGUUUUACAUUUACCGGUUAGUAAUUAAGUUUCAAAACUUCAUGAUAAUAAAUAGAGUUCUUUUCAAUACAAACUAGUGGGGGUGUAAAUGCAUCAGUGGUUAACUAUUUCGGUAAUGUGAUCGCUUCUCUGUUCGCUCUAACUAUAGUUAGAAAAUUUACGCCUCGGUGAUCCAAAACAAUACAGACUAACUAUAGUUAUACCCAAGUAGGAUUCGUGGGUUAGUCUUUAGUUUAUAAACAAACAACGAAUCAGAAUGUGACACUUCUUUUCGCACGCGCGAGAUAGGCAUAUGAAAUAUGCAAAAUAAAAACCAAGCGUGAAACAACAAACCAAAAAUUUGCAUAGGUAAUUAGAACUAACUAUAUUGUUAACUGCGUGGUGUGACCGCAAUGUCGACCAAAAGCACUAACUACAGUUAUGUAUGACAUCACGUAACUUGACACUAACUUAAGUUAAACUUUAGUUACGUCGUAGAUGUGACCACAGCCAAUGUCAACCAAGACAAUGAAAUCCUGUGUGAAAAUGAUUUUGGAAAUCAUGUAAUUUUUCAUCGUGAGCUGAGUUGUUCUCCUUGAUGAUUGUAAAAAUCUUUACGCUGGAACUCCCGUUGUAGUGACAUAUUAAAUGAACAUGAUUAUUAGCCCAUGCAUCGCCCCAUAUAACGGAAUGCGGAUUCCGGAAUCCGGUAAAAUCUUACUGGAGAAUCCGAAAUCCAGCAAAUUUUUGCUGUGGAAUCCGGAAUCCAGAAUCCACAGCGUGGAACCUAGAAUCCUAGACCGUCUUGGGAGUCCCUUUUUAUGGGGUGACCAUGCUGCUUCCAUAGCAAAGAUAAUACAUACCUAGAAUUAUCAUUUAAGGUGUUAGCUUAAAUUGCUUAAACAGCAGUUAAUAUUCAACUGAGUGAUUGGUUCGGUCUACACUCAGCCGAAUUUGAAGAAUAGGAAUUCUUGAGGACACUUGUUAUACCUUUGCAGCUGCUUCAAGAAAUAAGGGAGAGGGGGAGAAGACCGAUAGUAGUACCUAUAGUCUUACUUUUUAACUGUCAUUUGUCUGUAGAUAUUCAAAUUGAGGUUGAUGUCACUGAUGGAGCUGGGACCGUCACGGAAACUAGAGACAAUACAGUCCCUACUAUAAUGAACAAAGGUUGUUGCAACAUUGAGUGUUAAUUGCUUCUAUUACUUUUUAGUCAGUGUCUCUGUAAGCCAGUUGUUUACUUGUAAAAAUUAAUCAAGGUUUGCACUUAUUAUACUACGAAAGAUUAAAUAUCAUUUACGUCUUCUCCCCUUGUAAGGGAAUUUUUGCUUGUCAAAUCUGGAAUCCGCGAAAUUUUUCUCCUGGAAUCCGAAAUCCUGGCCUUUGGAGUGCGGAACACAGCUCAAAGAAUCAGGAUCCCACUAAAAAUUAAUAGAUUCAGGAAUCCACGGCGGGGAAUCCAGAUUCCAAAACUCUUUUGGAUUUCCUUUUGUGGGGUGGUACGUUUAAUGAAAAGAAAAAUUAAAUGUUUGCUUAUAUAGCCGUCAUAAUCAUGAAUGUAGGUACAGAUGUUGAAGACGUGGUCACUGAUGGAGUUGGUGAUGUGUCAGAGAGUGAUCCUAGAUCGGCAGCCAAAAGGAGAAAGACAGUGGAUGUAGACAUAAGUAAGUAUACAAUAUCAGUUGUUCUGUCAGCUAAAGUUGUACCUGAAAUUAAUAAAACAAUUGACUUAUUGACGAUUUGAUCUAUCAAGUUUUGAAAAUGACAGAUUUCUCUCUUAAUUGAAAGAUAAAAGUCAAGUGGAAUUUGAUGAAGCAGGAAGUUUUCGCACCGUCUCGGUAGUAGCCAAUCAGAGCCUGCAGUUCAGUGAUUUUGAUACACAAACCUUCGGAGGAAAUCGGGGAGUUCCAGUCACACCAGCGGUACAAGUUGCACACACAUUUGCACAGGCUGAGAAUACGUGUAAUGGUAAGCCAAAAUAUUGGAUACCUGAGAAUUUCCAACAAGCAAAUAAGUUACCAUCAUUAUGCUAUAGCCUUUAAAUGAAACAGUUCUCAGAUUCUUUUCAUUCCAUCCGCUCGCCAGCUUAUCUUUUGCUGUUUCUCGAGCCUAAUGCCUUGACCUUUAGCUGCGUUUUCUUUAUCAUCACAGCAGAUCUGUGUUUGGGUGGGCUUCCUUUAUCCUUGUAAUCUGCUCAACUGAAUAUCCUCCACACAUAAUAUCAACAGUUGUAUUAAAAGGAUCCGUUUGCGACAAUAUGUAAAAUGAAAGGGCUUAGGGUGAAGUUGUUUUCCACGGCACUAUUUAUUUUUCUGGAAUUUUCAAAGUAAAAUUGGAUUUUCGUUUUAACGGUUCUUUAUUAUUAUUAUUUUUUCAGGACAUUUAUUACUCUAAUUACAAAGAACUAAUUAAAAAGAAACUACAAAAUUCUAAACAUUAUACUACUACAUGAUAAAUUUCUGCAAUUUGAUUGGCUUAGAGCAGUGGUAUUUCAGCUUAAUUUGAAAUACCUACUUGUGAAAAUUACAAACCUUUUGCGGGUAGUAGUAUAAACAAAUAAUAGCAUGGUUUGAACGUGAUAUUUUGCAUAAAUACCACUCGUGAUAUUUCAAAAUUGUCUUAAAAAUUUCUCUCGCCUAACGGCUCGUGAAACAUCCUCGGAGACCCAGGGGCAGAUAGUGGGGGCGAGGGAAAGUCCAAACGGGCGGAAAAAUAUGGCACGAAGAAAAGUAAAGAACGGCGAGAAGAGCCCCUGGGGACAAUGUCUUACCAGACCAGUUCCAAACGGUCGCCGCCGUUCUAGCUUCUGAUUGGUGCCAGAGAACUUUUGUGUUUUUCUGCCCAAUUAAUCCUUAAUUUCAGCGAUAACUUGUAAUUUCACAAGCCGAAAUUACAAAAUUGUCAUGGCAACCUUCCGUACGUCUCAGUGUCAAGAUGGCGACGAAGUUUUAAAAUGUCAUGAAUAAAGAUGCCAGGGCAUAAAAAUUAGAAAACCUGAAUACUCGAAAGAGCACAUCAAGAAGGAUUCUAACAGGUAUUUUGUCGAAAAAUUCUGAACUUAAGCCAAAUUUAAGCUAUAAACGUUUGAGAGAGUGGAGUUCUCGAUCGAUACGAUCCAGGAUAAACAUGUCAAAAAUCAAAGAUUGCUAAAGAAAUUCGUCACCCAUGAUAUCAAUAGGUAAUGAAAUGGUAUACUCGUGAAAUUAGGGAAUAAUUUCACUUGCGUUUUGUCCAAAUCCCAAUAAUUUAAGGCAAAGAAAAUGAUAAGGAUUUAGACAAAACGCAAGUGAAAUUAUUCCCUAAUUUCAGUCGUUACCAUUUGAUUACACAUACUAAUUUAUACUUAAUUAUGUAGAUGAAAAGAGCAAUUAACACUUAUUACACCCUGAAAUAAUAAAAAAAAAACAAUACAGAAAAAAACAUAUAAUAAAAGAUUAUUCCAGUUAUAACUUCUCGUAAACAUAACGCAUGAAAUUCCUUAGUUUUCUAUUAUUAAAUAAUACGUCUGUUCAGCAUUUUUCUGAAACAGUUUUGAGUACAGACAGAAAAGAUAAGUAAAAGAGAAAGUGGUAUAAUAUGUUUCUUGUUCAGUUUUGCAAAAAGUUCGUCAUGCUUUUUGUUUUAAGGGUUAAUGUUAUCACCUUUUUCCAUUCUAUGCUCCUUUUCUUCAGCUACAUCUUCAUCUAAAGGUCCAGUCCCUAAUCCUGCUCCAUCUGUUGCACCACGUUCUCAAGCACAAGUGGGUCAAGGUCGGCUUCAACAUGAUUCCAUUGCUGGACCACCACCUAUGCGAUAUGUCAACUAUCUGGCGUACCAAGGAUAUUCCGUGGAAAUCAUUGGUGGAAAGCACUAUAAAACACCUGCUGGAGAGUUUGUGGAGUUGAAGAGCGGAACUCAGUAUAAGAUACACGUCAAAAACUCCCAUGCCUAUAGUAAGGAUGGUACAUAGGAAACAGGGGCACCCAAACUCAAUUUUCGGAAAAUAUCUGUUCGGAAGACGAUUUGGGAUCUAGAAUUUUCGUAUUAAACAUUUCUUGUAAAAUUUAUUGCUUGCCUGCCUCUCCUAGGAUUUUCGAACAUCUAAAAAAUGGUAUAAUUUCCCAUUUUUAACGGACUUUUACCCCAAAAAGGUCACCUAGAAUUUUCGGGAGCCUUUUUUCUGGCAGAAAUUUUCGAAAACGUAAGUUUUGAUCCCUAUAAUUUUCGGAUCACUAGGCUUUCAGAAAGGAAAUCCGAACAGAUGAAAAUUUUUAGGGGAUAUAAAUAUGCCGUUUAAAUAUUAAAAUACGUUUAACAAUACUAUGUUUAAGUGGUUUUGAACUAUAUUCUCGUUGGGUGGCCCUGAGCAGACCAGCAUGAGAAGUAUCUCACGAGAUUUUACGAUUGUCAAAGAUCAAAUUUAAUAGUCUGACGUCUCAUACAUAAAUUUGGUCAAUUUAUCGCUUAUGCUGGGAAACAGGUCUUUUUAAUGUUCUUUUUCAAGGGGUAAUGUGAUUUUUUAAAGCAAUCAUUUCCAACUGUUUAUACUUUUUUGCAGCUUGCAAUAAUAUCAGUAUAAGUCGGUAUAGUAGUAAUGGAAUAAUCCAAUCUGGCGGAUUUCGGUGGUGUUGGUUAGAGUGCAUAACACUGGAAUGCGUAGGGAUCUCGUCAGUAAAACAGCCAAAUACACUUCAAAGUAGGGCUAUAUGAUAAGCAUCUUGUUUUGUCAAGUGUUUCAAAGCCUACAGGGCCACUUGAGAAUGCAAUGAGAGAGACAGAGAUUUUCCACUGUUUCCACAAAAAGAUGACUACGUCUAACAAUUAUGUAUAAAUAACCCAUUUUUUCUCUCUUUGCAAAGGUUGCAACUUAGACAUAUCCAUAGAUGGCUAUGACGUUGGAGGCUGGGUUGUAUAUGGAGGACAGGAGUUAACGAUAGAACGACCAGCUUACGAGGCUAAGAAGUUCACUUUCUAUCGCGUAAAAACCGCACCCAAAGAAGCUGGUAUUGAGUCUGGCCGGGAUGAAAAUGGUCUCGUAAAGUGCGUGUUCACACCAGAAGCUUUCCUGAACAUUCCAGUUGCUGUUUCUGGCUUACCUCACCCACUGGAAGUGAAUAUUGCCCCAGACGCAACAGUUGGUGAUUUGAAACGUCACGUACAGAGUCAGCUAAAUGCAGCCGAAGAUCCCGUUCAAAUUCUAGUUCUAAAUGACGAAGUGCUGUCAAAUUCUUUCCUUUUAAGGUCAGUAUGUAGUAGUUAUGGGAAAUGGGCUCCCUCGUGAUUACCAAGAUCAGGGUAUGGAAUAAAAUAAAAUUGUGAAACUUGUACGUUACCUUGGAUUGCGUUCCUUUUGACCAAUCUAAAUCCAGAUUUUGCGAUCCAAAAUUUGAUUUAUCGUUCCAUUAAGGACUAAACCAGUUGUUAACCGAGAUCUGAACGAUCCACCUCUGCACUUGGAUCGUUAUCAGUCUCAGAUUUUCGUUCUUUUAACAAAAGUGCUUUUCGAUUACCAGAAUGUACUCGUUCAUCGAUAAACAUGGCUGGUCAAGGUCAGUUCAGGCGAAAGUUAUUUAUGUUCCUCCGUUGUUCUAUGCCGCUUACAACCUCGUCCUCAGGGCUUUUCCCUUAAAAAAUGGGAAAAGGAAAAGCCCUGGGGACGAGGUUGUGCCGCUUACUGAUUGUAGUAUAGUAAGCUCAAGUUGCACCGCUGUAACUCUAGAUCCGUAAAGAAACGAAAGCGCUUGGAGAUUCUCAACAUUUAACUGUCCGAUAAUAGCGGAGCUCUACGCGCACGCGAACCGCUCGCGUGCGGAGCCCCAUAGCUAAAUAAAUCUACCCAUCCCAGAAGAUUUGGUAAUCACGUGACCGUACACUGCUCGAGCGACGACCGUUCGUCCGCACCACAGGCACACCAUUAUAAAAUAACUCAAUCAACAGGUAUGGCAACCCAAAUCCAACGUAAGAAAAUCGCAUGGCCGCCAACUUUUAGAAAGAUAGAAAUAGAAACAAAGUCGUGUCUCUUGCGACGUUAUUUUUGAUAUUUACUUUCACGUGGAUAACAGAGAAAGGGCUAGGGAGACGAAUUUCGUUGGAAGAAAAACAUGAAAAUUUCAUAGCGGAGGUGAGAAAAUGAGAAAUGCUAGCGACCAGGCCCCGGUUGCUCGAAAGAUGGUUAACUCUUAACCAUGGUUAAACCCCCCUAACCAAUGGUUAAAAGUUAACCGAGGGUUAGUUUCGGUUGCUUGAACGCCGGUUAGUGUUAACCAUGGGUUAAAUUUCUUCUGGCUUGCGUUAAAUUUAACGUACCUCGCUACUAGUGUUAACUUGUUAACCAUCGGUUAAAAUGACAUGUGUUGCAAAAUCAAUGAAACAACAUGGCAGUUGAUUUGCUUUUUCGCUUCAUUUUGUUAGUGGUUGUUUAUCUCACGGUUUUUAGUGAAAUAUCAUUCUAAAAUGAAACGUCUCUUUGUUCAAUAAAAACGGAAAUGUUUACUGUUGCUGAAUCGUAAGUGAUUCUCCUCAUGUAAACGCCGAGAAUCGCAAGCUGCAAGAGACUUCGCGACGUUUUGCGAGACAUUUGUCAGCCAUAAUGUUCUUCAAAUGCGACGGAAUGAGUUAAAGUACGGCUUUUACUGUCAAAAACAUGCUUGUAGUUUUUCUCGAAUAUAUCUUUCAAUUCUUGAUAAAUAAAGCUCUACUGGCUUAAAAAAGCGUCGACCGGCAGAAUUUCAUGGGCAAAAGUCUUAAAGAUGAUCAAUUUUUUCACUGCUUUCAGUGCUGUUUGUCGUGGCGCAAUAGAUAAUAGGGAGUUUAAGAUACGGAGACUACGGACUACGAACUACGGCUGGAAGAGCGUUGUCCUUCGUUUGUAGCACUGGGUUGAGUCGUACAAAUAUAGAACGUUAAGAUUGCACUACAGACAGUAGACUACGAGAGAAGAGGCGGAGAGGGAAACAACACGCAAAGAUUUUCUUGUUUUCAUCACAGUUCACAAAAAUGCAAGUCACUUUUGCAUGUGAUCUUAUCUUUAAAACAAUGAAUAAAUUCUUCCAUACUUGAAGGAAGCAAUUACACGUAAUUGCUUCGGAUGAAAUUGGUGAACAAAGUUUUGGUUACACAGGUUUAAUUUUUUUCGUCCAUGAAUACUUAUGUCAAUAUUAAAGAAAUAGACAGAAAUAGUAAUAGCUCAUUUAUUAGAUUUAGAAGGUGGAUUUCUCCGACUACUGAUUUGAUGUAGUUUGAAGUAUUGAAAUGCCGAGUUUCGAUUGUCUCGAAGAUGUUUACGUCAUUUUCAUUCAGCAAAUGCGAUACAAAAACUCGCAUAAACAAAGGUUACACAAAUAGAAAGACACACUAAUCAGUUCGAACAAACAUUGAAACUUUUCAAGUGCGAAGAGAAAGUAAAUUACCUGCAUGAUUUCUCUUCUCCUCGGCCGUCAAUCUGAAGCUUAUUUAAAUAUGAGCUUAGCUAGAUAAAAAUGUAUUCACAACAGUAGAUUAACAGUGUAAAUCUGAGCAGAAAAUAGACACAACUUACAUAUUUCGCUUCCCUCUCACUUAAAGCAGGUGAAUUGAAAACUUUUUUUACGAAAAGACGAGAUUCAUUCUUGAAUUACCGAGACGGCAAAAUAGGAGCAAAAUGUCCUCCGUAGUCCCGACUACGCGAAACAGCUCAACAACUCACCGUAGCCGCAGGGCUACGCGGGAAAAAUGAACAGUCACGUGGUUUUGAUCAUGCGCAGUAGCAUGUUUAUCCGUAGCCGUAGUCCGUAGUCGCCGUAUCUUAAACUCCCUAAUAGGGAGCUUUAGCAACGACGACGGCGACGUCAACGAGAACGGCAAAAAAACAAUAGGUUUGAUUAGCAAAACAACUUUGAACCUGCAUUACACGUGAAAAUGCCUAAGUUCACGAUUUAUGGAGAACGUAAACAAGCGACGACGAACUUUCCUUGCUCUUUCUAAGCUUGAGUCCGGUCCCCAAGAAAUCAACUCCAAGGAAAUUCGCCCACAUUUCACAUUUUCAGCGAAUUGGAAUAAACGCGACAAAGUUUGAAAAAACGGCGAACUCAUUUCAAAAUUGACUUUUUCGCUACCGUCUUCGUCGUCGAUGCUAAAGCUCCCUAAUGCGUUGACCUUACACGUCGGUGGUCCGGGGUUCGACUCUCGCCCUAGCAAAAUUUUCUUCUUUUUGUUUGUUUGUUUUUUUUUCGUAAAACAUAUUUUCAUUUUUGACAGACUUGAAAUAUUCCCGUAGACUAAUUGCAGGUUCAUUUUCAGAUUUCAUUUCUAAAGUACAGUAAUUAAUAAUUCACAAUCUAAAGUUAUUCUAAACCUAAUUUAUUCCUUUUUUGGCAUUCUCGUUACCGUCGCCGUGUCAAACCUGUUCGGAGAUGGUUAAAGUCUGGUAAUAUUCUAUUUAACCAUUGGUUAGCUAACAAAGGAUUAGCAUCAGCUUAACAGACCUUCGAGCAACGGGAAUUUAACCAACAGUUAGUUAACCCACGGCUGGCAAAUUUAACCAACCGUUACCAACUAACAUAUGGUUAAAUUAACCAUCUUUCGAGCAACCGGGGCCAGGUGAAAAUAAGCGGUAGUGAAAAAAAUAAAAGUGAACAUGAAUUCAGGUAACAAAAUCUUUGAUAAGCACAUUCGACAAUUCCUCCAUAAAAAUGUGUAACUGGGAGGUUUGACGUUUUAGUCGUACAAAACGGCAUUGUAGUCUUGCAAAACAAUUGCAAAGAAAGCAAAAAAGCGUGCUGCACUUGCAAAUUUCUUUUUUUUUUUUUUUGCUUAUUAGAAAAAAAAGUGUGGGCUGCACGUGAAAAUUUGUUUUUUGGCUAAUAAGAGCUAUUGAUCUUGAUGCCAUUUUCAUUGCCGUAGCACUGGCUAAAUCUAUAUUUAUUAUGCGUGUGUUUAAGGCGCCCCUCACAACAUUAGUUGUCUUCUGAGCUCGUUUGGUUCAAAUUGUGCGCGAUUAUGUAAGGCUUUAGGAGCUCGCUAGGUCUGCUGGGAGAGAUCGGAAAACAUGUUGUGUUUCUUGUUAACAAAAGUUAUGAGUACGCACCUUGUGCGUCCACGGAAUCUGCAAAUCCUGUGUAAUCUUAGAGACAUCGGAGAGUUGUAACCUUAGGAACAAGCCUCCGACCUGGAAUAAAUACAGUUCAGUUCAAAUUCGUCCACACAAAUUCCAAUUAUUUUCAAGUUACGAGGCCUAGUAUUUCACUGCUGUUAGUCAAAGGGCUACUUUUCCUUCCAUUGCCCCACGAGAAAAUGCUCAAUUUAGCGGAAAAAAUAAAAACCGAUGCGAGGAAAUUGAAGAAAAGAUCAGUGCAGCAGCCCGCAGCUGUGGUAUGGAUCAAUCUUUUUUUAGAUUUUUGUUCUGUUUAGCACGAAAAUCCUAACAAACUGGAUUGUCUAAAUCAGAAAAACGUUUGCCUAAAAGGAACGCAACUAUUAUCGGUGGAAAAAGCAUCGUUCGAUUGUCCAAUCAUUAGCCCAGCUAAUGCUGCCUCCGAUUGGGCCCCAGACGGCUGGAUUGGGAAUCUAACGUACGUGCUGACCACUCCGCGCGGCCACUUAGCCCCCAAGACUUCCAGCAGUGGGUCAAAUCAGCUGGUUCCAAUACUUUCUUUCCAGGAAUUAACGGGGAUGCUUUAUGUCAUUGUUUUUUUUUUCUAAUAGAAACGUGAAGAAAUUGUCUGGAAACCUGAGGUUAAUUGAUUCCGAACUGGAGAUUACUGUCGAGGCAUCGUCUACUGAGAGAUUCCCGGUAAAGAUACGACCAAGCAAAGCAAAAGUCAUUGAUUUGAUGGCAGAGAUAGAGGAGAAGCUUGGAAUUCCCGUAAAGGACCAGAAAGUCUACCACGGAAUGGCCCGAAUUUCAGACGCCCCCCAGAGAGGUCUUCCUCCGAAACUCAUCAGCAGUUUACAGCCAACUGUAGUUGUGAUUAUACCAGAAUACAUCAAUAUAACUGUCCAGGACAUGGAUAGCGGUGAAAAUUGCAUAGUGAAGGUUGAUAAAACAAAGACUCUAAGGGACUUUCUGGUUGAAAUACCAUUGUGCAGAAACUUGCCAGAAAAUAUAAAAGCAACGUUUUAUUUCAAGGGAGAGGAGCUUCGUCCUACUCAAAAUGACGAAACCUUAUCUAGUCUCGAGUUUUGCUGUGGUUCAAAGCUGGAUAUGAAGAGGUAA